AUGAAGGCCAAGUUCGUGAAGUUCGGCAAGAAGAUCGUGGCCAUCGGCAAGAAUUACGAGGCCCACGCGCGCGAAAUGGGCGCGGCCUCAGCUCCGAAAGACCCCGUCCUCUUCCUGAAGCCCACCACCAGCUACGUGCGCAACGGCGGCAGCGUCCUGCUGCCCCCUGGGAUCGGCGAGGUGGUGAUUGGCAAGGGAGGCACGGAUAUCGCCGAGAGUGACAGCAUGAGCCACGUCGCAGGAUAUGCUCUGGCGAUUGACAUGACCGCACGCGACCUGCAGGCCAAGGCCAAGAAGGCGGGGCUGCCGUGGACGCACGCCAAGGGCCUCGACACCUUCACGCCCAUCAGCGACUUCAUCCCCAAGUCGGCCGUGCCCUCGCCUCACGACUUGAACCUCUGGCUGAAGGUGGACGAUGAGCUGCGUCAGAACGGCAACACCGGCGACAUGGUCCACAAAAUCCCGUUUCUGAUCUCCUACGUGAGCCGCAUCAUGACGCUGGAGGAAGGCGAUUUGCUUAUCACCGGCACGCCGGAAGGAGUGGGGCCUGUCCCGACGAACAGCUACAGGCAGGAGCCCAGCAUCCAUCAGCUUCAGUACAUUUUCAGGACGCUCGGCGAAGUUGGCGAUGAUCUGGGCUACAUGAAGGCGCGUGGAGGCAAGUGGGUGAAAGGCGAACUGCCCAAGUGCCGACAACAGUGCAGGCUUGCAUAG